AUGGGAUCUGACUUAGAUCGACAGAUCCAGACCUUGCUUCAAUGCAAAAUCAUCACAGAAGCUGAGGUCAAGGACCUGUGCUUGAAGGCGAGGGAGAUCCUUGUCGAAGAGAGCAACGUCCAGCGCGUCGAUGCACCCGUCACCGUCUGCGGAGACAUUCACGGCCAGUUCCAUGACCUCAAGGAGCUGUUUAAAGUCGGUGGCGAGUGUCCGAAGACCAACUACUUGUUCAUGGGCGACUUUGUUGACAGAGGACAUCACAGUGUCAGAUACCCAGACAGGAUCACUCUUAUUCGCGGCAACCACGAAUCGCGACAGAUUACAAAGGUCUAUGGAUUUUACGACGAGUGUUUCCAGAAGUUUGGCUCUGCCAACGUCUGGAGAUAUUGCUGUGAGAUCUUUGACUAUCUGAGUUUGUCUGCCAUUAUCGACGAUCGUAUCUUUUGUGUACACGGAGGACUCUCGCCGUCCAUCAACACCAUUGACCAGAUACGGACAAUCGACAGGAUGCAGGAGGUCCCUCACAACGGAGCUAUGUGCGAUCUUUUGUGGUCUGAUCCCGAUCCUGACUCGUGCACUGGAUGGGGCUUGAGUCCUCGUGGGGCUGGAUUUCUUUUUGGCGAGAGUGUUGCAAAACCAUUUUUACACAAUAACGGACUGGAGCUCAUUGCACGUGCACAUCAAUUGGUCAUGGAGGGUUACAAGUUGAUGUUUGACGAACAGGUUGUCACUGUCUGGUCUGCACCCAACUACUGUUACAGAUGCGGAAAUGUGGCAGCUAUUCUGGAGGUGGAUUCAAAUUUAAACAGGGAAUACACGAUCUUUAAGGACUCGGACCGAAGCUCGAUGAAUUCACGAACAACCCCUCAGAGAGAGGGACCUCCAGACUACUUUUUGUGA